CUCGACGAGAAAUCGUCAUUGGGUAUGUCUAACUACCAAAGUGUGAACGUCUCCAACCGGAAUCUUAACGAUUCGCGUGUGCUGUACGGACCUCGGUCUGUGUUCCAGUCUAACCUGUUUGCACAAACAGGCAAAGCGCUGGAUAUUCCAAUUUUAUCAUUUAAUGACAAUAAUUUCCCGGGUUCACCAUGUCCGAACGGAACCUUGACCACCCCUGGACCGGAAUCCCCCCAUCUGUACGAUAUCGGCAUUGAAGAGCUGAAGAGUGCUUUUUUGGUCGUAAAUGGGGAAGAAGAAAGAUCACUUUUACCAGAUCUAGAUCCUACACUUGAGAACUCUGUUGAUAUUGACAAACUUCUAAAUAGUCAAUUAAUCGGUGAACCAAAUUUGGAGGAUUAUAUAUCCCUCGACCUUGAAGGUGGUCACGCCUCAAACGAUUUUGAUACCGGAAACGAAGUUGUGAACGAAAACAUCACUCGACCGACUGUGAAACAAUUCUCAUCAAUUGUUCAACCUGAAACUGAAUAUAUGCAGCAAGGACAGAUUCUUGAGGAUAUCUUGGGGACCGAGAGGGCAGGGUGGCAACAGAUUGUCACCAUCAAGCCGGAGGACUUGGGGCUGCCCCCUUGUCAGUCCAGCGUGCUCCUCGAACCGGUCACUCGCCUGUUGACAUCAACUACAACGUGUGCGAGUGCCCCGCCCACCCCACCGAGCACUCCGGCACCCUUGUCGCCGACUCCGAGCACAGCAUCCUCUUCUAAGGAGCCAAUCUCACCUCGUGGUCCCCUCCCCCGAGGAAGACCGGGACGAAAACCAUCCGGGGCUGGACCAGUCCGGCAAAGUAGGAAACGUCAACUUGAUAAGGAAAGCGAAGAGUAUAGGGAUAAACGUUCGAGAAACAACGUGGCUGUGAGAAAAAGCAGAGACAAGGCAAAAAUAAAACAAGUCGAAACAGAAAGUCGUGUCGAAGACUUAGUCAGUGAAAACGAGUCGUUACAGAAGAAAGUCGAACUUUUAUCAAAGGAACUAAACGUUUUAAAAAGUCUGUUCGUCAAUGUGGGAGCAGCUUUACCGGAGAACUUUCUUAAACUCAUCGGGAAAUCCUGACAAAGAACGGACUCUUAAUCGUGUAUAUAGUUUAUGUGACAUUUUAAAAACUUGUUAUAUUAAUGAAUGGUGUAGUAAUUGUCGAAAUAGGAACUAUAAUGGCACUGAAAGAAAUGGCAGCAAAUAUUCAUAUUUCAAGUGUAAAUGGACACAAAAGUUAAAGUUGGACUCUUUACAUCAAUGGAGAAAUGGUCAUCAUUUUCAACAUCACGAACACUAUUUCAUACGGGACCAGCUAUGGACCACAUCAUUUAUAUUGAAUCGUCGUGUGUUAUCGGACUUGACGGCUUAUUGUGAGAACUGCUGUAGGCAAUUACACGAACACUGUGAACACUUACAUAAAAGUGACGAUGGUAAUGUUUAUGCUGAAUGCUUAGCUGGGCACCAUUUACAGUGUUUCCAUGCUAGUUUUUCUACUUUUGGUAUACAAUAUAGUACACAAUGUUAUAUAAAAUUUGAAAAAUCUAA